GACUAUAACCUAUACCAUAUUCAAAUCUCUCGAGUAUCACACUAGCGCGACGGGUACCGAGACAAGACCGAGGCUGUCGAGAAGGGCUGUCUACAGUUUCGCCUAACUUAAAAUUGAAGCGUAGAAAAACAACAGUGCUUUUAAAAUUUAAUUCACAACUUACUUUACAGUAAUGUUUCCGUAUAAUGGCCAGUUAUUUCGUUUAUUUCUUUGAAAACGUCAACAAACUGUAAAUUUCUCCUUUAAAGCGUCUGACUCAGACAGACUAUUUAUGCGACGCGUAACCGCAAGGACCCGUAAUCGUGAGAUACAAUCGACAUGGGAUCGAAGUCUCGCCACCGGUCUAGGUCGGGGUCUCGGACCCGAGUUCGGGAUCGGUACCAGACCCGCCGAAGCAGGAGUCGUUCCCCCGAGAGGAGGAGAGUCCGGACUCGCAGCAGGUCGGGCUCGAAGCGGCGAGGCGGGUCGGAAAUCAAGGUGGCGUCGAGGCGGGCCCGGUCUGCCUCCCGCAGGAGCAGAGAAAGGUCUCGGAGCGUCUCUGGUUCUGGACGGUCCUCCCGAUCCAGAUCCGGCUCCAGCAGCGAGGGAAGAGGCCGUCGGGAGAGCAGCGGAUCAACAGCCAGGGACAGAUCAAGCUCCGGCUCCAGGGGAGCGAGAGAGGGGAGAAGGAGGAAGAAGAAGGAGAAGAAGGGACCCAGGCAGAGGGAGAGGAGCAGCUCCUCGUCCUCGGAGCGGGACUCCGGGCGGAGCAGGGAGAUGGGGAGAGGGGGGAGCCCGGGCCGGGGGAGCAGGGAGAUGGGGAGAGGGGGGAGCCCGGGCCGGGGGAGCAGGGAGAUGGGGAGAGGGGGGAGCCCGGGCCGGGGGAGCAGGGAGAGGGACAGGGGCCAGCGCUCUCUCUCCCGCUCGUCUGUCUCCUCGCUCUCCUCGGGGUCCCCCGAGCGCCAGGGCGCCGGGGCGGCAGCGCAGGAGCACCGGGAAGUCCGGGAGGAGCGCAGGAAGCAGAGGGAAAUGAUGAAGGCGCUGGAGACGCCGGAGGAGAAGAGAGCCCGCCGCCUGGCCAAGAAGGAGGCCAAGGAGAGGAAGAAGAGAGAGAAGAUGGGCUGGAGUGAGGAGUACAUGGGCUACACCAACGCAGACAACCCCUUCGGAGACAACAACCUGCUCGGCACCUUCAAGUGGCAGAAGGCCCUGGAGAAGAAAGGGAUUGGUCACCUGGGAGAGAAGGAACUGAAGGAGAGAAACAAGCGCAUCCAGGAGGAAAACAGGAGGGAACUGCAGAAGGUGAAGCAGCUCCGUCUGGAGCGCGAGCGGGAGAAGGCCAUGCGGGAGCAGGAGCUGGAGAUGCUGCAGCGGGAGAAGGAGGCGGAGCAUUUCAAGACCUGGGCGGAGCAAGAGGACAACUUCCAUCUGCAGCAGGCCAAGCUGCGCUCGAAGAUUCGGAUCCGGGACGGGCGCGCCAAGCCCAUCGACCUGCUGGCCAAGUACAUCAGCGCCGAGGACGACGACCUGGCCGUGGAGAUGCACGAGCCCUACACCUUCCUGAACGGGCUGACGGUCAGCGACAUGGACGACCUCCUGGAGGACAUCAAGGUGUACAUGGAGCUGGAGCAGGGCAAGAAUGUGGACUUCUGGCGCGACAUGACGAUCAUCACGGAGGACGAGAUCAGCAAGCUGCGCAAACUGGAGGCGUCGGGCAAGGGCCCGGGCGACCGCCGUGAGGGCAUCAACGUGUCCGUGAGCGCGGACGUGCAGAGCGUGUUCAAGGGCAAAACCUUCAGCCAGCUGCAGGCGCUGCAGAUGAACAUCGAGAGCAAGAUCGCGGCUGGGGGCUCCAACCUCGACAUCGGCUACUGGGAGAGCCUGCUGCAGCAGGUCAGGGUAUACAUGGCCAGAGCGCGCCUGAGAGAGAGGCACCAGGAGGUCCUGAGGCAGAAGCUGUACAAGCUGAAGCAGGAGCAGGGUGUGGAGAGCGAGCCGCUCUUCCCCAUUGUGAAGCAGGAGCUGCCUUCCCCCGAGCCAGCGACCCCAGGCGAGGCCGGUGGUGCAGAGGAACCUGGGAACACAGCCUCCUGCUCCUCUCCCUCCGGGCCGAGGGAGGAGGGAGGUGAGGCAGGCAGGUCAGAGUCAGGGGAGGAGGGCGAAGCGGGCGAGGCCAGGCCAGCCGGCGAAGCCGUGCUGACAGAAGAGGAUUUGAUCCAGCAGAGCCUGGCGGAGUAUGACUCUGGACGUUACAGCCCCCGCCUCCUGAACCAGACUGACCUACCCCUGGACACCCACACCAUGGACCCUGAGGAGGACCUCCAGAGGCUGAGACAGGCACGCACACAGCUGCGGGUCACAGGCGAUGCCAACGAGAGCGCGGAGGACGCGUUUGUGCGGCGCGCGCGGGAGGGAAUGGGCGGAGACGAGGCGCAGUUCAGCGUGGAGAUGCCGCUGACGGGCAAGAUGUACCUGUGGGCCGACAAGUACCGUCCGCGCAAGCCGCGCUUCUUCAACCGCGUGCACACGGGCUUCGAGUGGAACAAGUACAACCAGACGCACUACGACUUCGACAACCCGCCGCCCAAGAUCGUGCAGGGCUACAAGUUCAACAUCUUCUACCCCGACCUCAUCGACAAGCGCUCCACGCCCCAGUACUUCCUGGAGCCCUGUGCCGACAACAAGGACUUUGGCGUGCUGCGGUUCCAUGCUGGGCCGCCCUACGAGGACAUCGCCUUCAAGAUCGUGAACCGCGAGUGGGAGUACUCUCACCGGCACGGCUUCCGCUGCCAGUUCGCCAACGGCAUCUUCCAGCUGUGGUUCCACUUUAAGAGAUACCGGUAUCGCCGAUAAAGAGACCAGCAGAAGCGCACCUGCAGUGUGGACUGUGCAGGGCGAGGGCGGCGGGAUGCUGGUGUGAUGGCCACUGGAGUUUCAGUGGAGCUUGCAGUUCGGGUAUAGUUUAGCCAACUUAAGGCGUGAAUUAUUAUUAAAUACUGUGACUUCAACAGGAAUAAAGAAAUUGUCUACUUUUGAAAAUCUUGUAACCAUUCAUUGGUAGGGACCAGUAUAACUCCCACCUUGGUCAUUUUGAGUUUUUUUUAAUAAAGUCUUUUUAAAAGUGA